AUGCUGCAUCCUCGCUGCCACCUCUGCGCCGCCACAAAAAUUGAAGCGCAAACAAAACUGCGUCGGUGCACGGGCUGCAGAGUAGUUCGUUACUGCAGUACAGAGCACCAACAUGCCGACUGGUCAGAUCACAAGGCGCUUUGCAAACUGAUUGGGAAAAGCCACCAAAAGCUGGUGGAGGAGGACGCCAAAGUGCGAAACGAGCCUGGACACUGGACUCGACCACUCGAUGCGGCAAGGCCUUUUGAAACUGUUGUUGGGCGUUUCUGGAGUUACUUGAUGACCUAUGUCAUCGACAUUCUCAAAGUGAAUACCUUGGACUCAGUGCGAACCGCACUCGACGACCUACUCGACAUGCUGCGGCUUUCCCGAAGUGACGGGAUUGGUGCUCGCGAAAUUGUCCCCGCACUUUACAUCCGCCUCAACCGCGACCAAGCGAGCUACGAUUUCAUCAAGUGGUAUGCCACCAUAGGCUUUGGAGAAGGAUACGACUGGGAUAAUGUCUCGUUGCCUUUCUUGGACUUAAGGGACGAGGACAUUUUGGAAAGCCCUUCGGUCCGAGUUCUGCUCGACCUCCGAGACAUACAGGACUCGAAGUUCCUGGACACCGCUACAACUGGACGGAAGCUCGACUUCGACAUCUUGCAAUACAUCCGUUCCACGAUCGCCAUAAGGAGCGGGGUAUGGUCCAGUCGUCGCCAGCUUUUGGACGCGGUAGCAGCAAAGGAGAGGGUGAACAAACUCGAGAAGCGGGCCUCGCAGCUUUUGGUUGAUAUUCAUCGGGAAAACCAGCUGCUCUGGAGGGGAUUGUUGGAGCACGAACGAUGGCUGAGAACUCCUUUCGAUGAAUCCAGGAUCCGUACGCAUGGAAAAGAGGCGGAGAUGCACUCCCUCGUUCUGUCCAAUGCAAGGGCAUGGGUAGAGACGGAUGGGGCCUUGGCGUGGUUGAAUCACGAACUGGCGGGGCUCUUUCGUUACCCGCUUAUCAACAACCAGCAUCCAUGCCAAUUUUCGAGCACGGGCGCCCCAUUCGACAUAGACGCCAAUUCUGACCCAAUGACGGCGAUCAGGAUAUGUGAUCCGCUUAGUCAUGUCGUCCUGAAAAUGGCGUUCCCUGUCUCGUCAGAAAUCGAAUCUCUCCUUCCACACAAGAGCUCGAGCAUUACAGCAAUACGUUCGGCAUGA